AUGGAGGGACGAAGUUUAAACUCUCUAAUGUUUACUUUGCUUGGUUUGACUAUUGUGAACACAGUAGGAGUUAGUGGGCAAAAGACACGUGUGGGGUUCUAUUCCCGCACGUGUCCCCGCGCUGAGUCCAUCGUUAAGUCCACUGUUCGAGACCAUCUUAAGUCCGAUCCUAGUUUGGCAGCAGGGUUGCUUCGGUUGCACUUCCAUGAUUGCUUCGUGCAAGGUUGUGAUGCUUCCGUUCUCAUCGAGGGUCCUCAAACUGAGAGAACAGCAUUGCCAAACCUUAGUUUAAAAGGAUUUGAGGUUAUUAAUGAUGCUAAGACACAGCUCGAGGCUGUAUGCCCCGGCGUUGUGUCAUGUGCUGACAUUCUUGCUCUUGCAACUCGUGAUUCUGUCGACCUUAGUGAUGGACCGAGUUGGAAAGUGCCUACUGGACGUAGAGAUGGACGCAUAUCACAGGCUUCAGAAGCGAAUAACUUGCCUUCUCCUUUCGACUCUGUUGCUAUUCUGACGCAGAAGUUUGCAGCAAAGGGUCUCAACACGCAAGACCUCGUCGUCCUUUCUGGUGGACAUACAAUUGGUACAACAGCUUGCCUGUUCUUCAGGCACAGACUGUACAACUUUACUGAAAAUGGUCCUGACCCUUCCAUCGACCCUACAUUUCUUCCCACACUACGGGCACAGUGCCCCCAAAAUACAGGUGCUCAAAACCGUGUUGCAUUGGAUACAGGCAGUGAAUUCGAAGUUGAUAGAUCUUACUUUAAAAAUUUGAAGAACGGACGUGGAAUUUUGCAGUCUGAUCAAUUGCUUUGGACUGAUGCUUCCACAAAGACAUUUGUGGAAGCGUACUCCGACUCAGCCUUACGUUUCAAAUCGGACUUUGCAAAGUCUGUGGUGAAGAUGGGCAACACUGAGCUGAAAACGGGUUCUGAUAGUGAAAUUCGCACCAUAUGUUCUGCCAUUAACUAG